CACGCCACUGAUCCUGCGGUAAAGAUGGCGGCGGCGGAGGGGGCGCGCAGCGGCUGGAGCAGAACGGAACGACCCCAGACGGGUUCGUUUUAAGAGAAACGGUGCUGGGGGGCAGGAGAAUCCUACAUUCCCGCUUAACAGAGCCGCUUAUCCGGUUUAGUAGAAUUGUACGAUUAGACAGUGUGCUGUUAGGUGUUAGGUGUUGGGUGGGUUCAAUCGCUCUCUCCCAUACACACACACACACACAGAGAGAUUGCUAAGCUAAGCUAACAGAGUUCGGUCCGGUCCGGUAGAAGAGAAGGAAGAGGAGGAGGAGGGGUGACCAAGAAAGGGAAGACAAUCAUCCCUUGAAGAACAGGCCGUCGUCCCGCGGUUCGUUCGUUCGUUGUGGGAUGUGAGCGGUCCAAACGGACGGCGGGUCUUUCCACAGAUCUGUGUUAUUUUCCCACCCAGAACACUCGCAGGAUGGGACAACAGGUAGGCCGCGUGGGAGAAGGGGCUUCCGCUGGGAUUCAGACCCCACCGCAGGGGCAACAGCAGCAGGGCAGAUCGAACCGGGCCAGCAGCUCCGGGAGGAGACCCCGAGACUGCAACAUCACAGGCACGCCACCGGGCAGAACUGCCGCCGCUGCAGCGAACAUCAUGCCGGAUCCAGGGAUCAAUGUUUUCACCCUGCACUCAGAGGCCCUGCACAGGCCGUUUGGACUGGACUCGACGGCACUGACUGAAGCGGUGCGCUGGAGCUCGAAGGAGAAUCUGUUGGGUGCUGCAGAGAGCGACCCGAACCUCUUCGUUGCUCUUUACGACUUUGUUGCCAGUGGUGACAACACGCUAAGCAUCACGAAAGGAGAGAAGCUGCGAGUGUUGGGGUACAAUCAGAAUGGAGAGUGGAGUGAAGUUCGUUCAAAGAACGGCCAGGGUUGGGUACCCAGUAACUACAUCACCCCCGUGAACAGUCUGGAGAAGCACAGCUGGUAUCAUGGGCCCGUGUCCCGCAGCGCCGCUGAGUACCUGCUCAGCAGUCUGAUCAACGGCAGCUUCCUGGUGAGGGAGAGCGAGAGCAGUCCUGGCCAGCUCUCCAUCUCGCUUCGCUACGAGGGACGGGUCUAUCACUACCGGAUCAACACCGCCUCUGACGGAAAGGUCUACGUAACAGCUGAGAGUCGUUUUAGCACGUUAGCUGAGCUGGUUCAUCAUCAUUCCACAGUGGCGGAUGGUCUGGUAACUACACUACACUAUCCCGCUCCAAAAUGCAACAAGCCAACCGUCUACGGCGUCUCUCCCAUCCACGACAAGUGGGAGAUGGAGCGCACCGACAUCACCAUGAAACACAAAUUGGGUGGUGGCCAAUACGGAGAGGUGUACGUCGGAGUUUGGAAAAAGUACAACCUCACUGUAGCUGUAAAAACACUAAAGGAGGACACCAUGGAAGUUGAGGAGUUUCUGAAGGAGGCUGCAGUCAUGAAGGAGGUGAAACAUCCCAAUCUAGUACAGUUACUGGGUGUGUGUACACUGGAGCCUCCAUUCUACAUAGUGACGGAGUACAUGCCCCACGGGAACCUGCUGGACUACCUGCGUGAGUGUGACAGAGAACAGGUGAACGCUGUGGUGCUGCUCUACAUGGCCACUCAGAUCUCCUCCGCCAUGGAGUAUCUGGAGAAGAAGAACUUCAUCCACAGGGACUUGGCAGCUCGUAAUUGUCUGGUUGGAGAGAAUCACGUGGUCAAGGUGGCUGAUUUCGGACUGAGCCGUCUGAUGACAGGCGACACUUACACCGCUCAUGCAGGUGCCAAAUUCCCCAUCAAAUGGACAGCACCAGAGAGUCUGGCCUACAACACCUUCUCCAUUAAAUCAGAUGUGUGGGCAUUUGGAGUUUUGCUUUGGGAGAUUGCGACGUACGGCAUGUCUCCAUACCCAGGAAUCGACCUGUCUCAGGUGUACGACCUGCUGGAGAAGGGCUACCGCAUGGAGCAGCCCGAGGGCUGUCCCCCUAAAGUUUACGAGCUCAUGAGAGCCUGUUGGCAGUGGAGUCCACUGGAUAGACCCUCAUUUGCUGAGAUUCACCAGGCUUUUGAGACCAUGUUCCAUGACUCCAGCAUCUCAGAAGAGGUAGCCGAAGAACUGUGUAAAACCGCAUCUGGUGGGCAAUGUGGGCUCGCACACACCUUCGGCCACGAUAUGCCACUCUUGCCCUCAAAGUCUCGUAGCCAGAAGAAACACUCUGAGAACAAAGAGAAUAUGGAAGACGCAGGACCCCAUGGCCCUGCAGGUCUUGCAGCAUCCCUUUUUGUUGGUGAUGGACGCUUCAGCAGCUCUCCGGCCCUACCACGUAAACAGAGGGAUAAGUCUCCCUCUAGCCUGCUGGAGGACUCCCAGGACACCACCUUCACCCGUGACCGCAAAGCUGGCUUCUUCAGUUCUUUCAUGAAGAAGAAGUCCAUGUCCUCAUCUUCUACUUCGUCCUCACCUCAGCAGCAGCAGAAUCUCCCAAUGCCACCCAAGAGGAGCAGCUCUUUCCGGGAGAUGGAGACCCAGCCCCAUAAAAAGUAUGAGCCCACGGCUGGGUUUGCAGGCCCUCCUCCUUUGCCCCAAUCUGAUGGGUUGAGUUUCUCUCCAUCUCAUGGUGAGGGGAACCAUGUGCAGUCCCGCUGUUGUGGGGCCACGUUUGGGCAGAAGCCCUCAUGUUCAAGCUCUGGAGCAACCUCUGGUCAAGUGGGAGGCAGCAGUAGCUGGGGAAGCCUAGCGGGCUUCUUCACCCCUCGCCUUAUCAAAAAGACCCUGGGUUUGCGGACUGGUAAGCCUUCUGGGAUAGACGAAGGGAGUGCAACCAAGCCGUUCCCUCGUUCCAAUUCAACUUCCUCUAUGUCUGCUGGGUUGCCAGACUUAGAGCGCAUGGCAUUGACAUUACCAAGAAACCGUAGCAAACCCCCACUAGAGCGCACAGCUUCCACCACCUCACAGCCAGAAAACGGGGCAGCACGACCUUCGGAUGCAAUCCUGAGGAAGCUUGACGAAGGUACGGCUCAGAUACGGGAUCGUCCCAAAGCCAAACUCUUGCCACGAGGGGUGGCAGGUGGAGUUAGGGCACCAGGUGUAGGGGGAGAGGCUGAUUCGGACUCCAACACACGGGGAAAAGAUGGGCAAGAUGACAGGCAAGGUUGGUCGUCUCCAUCGAAAACCUCCACUCUUGGUUCAGUCAAUCUGCACAACCACAAAGUUCCAGUUCUGAUCUCGCCGACCCUAAAGCACAGCUCGGCCGACGGCCUAGUUGGCGUGGACUCUCAGGGCAACCGCUUCAAACUGCUGUCUGACAGUGGGGAUCGUGACCGACCACGACUGGUAAAGCCAAAAUGUGCACCUCCUCCACCACCCAUGCUCCGCUCCCUCCAACACACCUACAGUGCCGAUGCAGCCGAUGAAGCAGUCAGUGGGAACAUGGAGGUCAAUGGAGAUGGCCUCAAAAGGUCAGGGAGAGAAGCCAGAGGGGCGCGUCCAUCCAUACCACCACCACAAGUGCCUCCAGCUCCCAUAGUCCCCACUAGCAACACCACCACCCAGACUAAGUUGGCCAAUGGUUCUUCCAGUGGCGGACAUGGCCCUGCUUCUGCUAAACCCACCCUUAGAAGGACUCGGCAGCAGACAGAACGGAUCCCCCUGGAGAAGAUCAGCAAGGAGGCUCUUUUGGAAUGUGCUGAAUGCUUGAGUAGUGCUCUUCAAGGCAACACCGAGCUUUCUUCCAGCAGCCAGGUCCUGGAUGUGGGACACCAACUUUUGGACUACUGCUCGGGGUAUGUCGAUUGCAUCCCACAGACGCGCAAUAAGUUUGCCUUUCGCGAGGCAGUGGGUAAACUGGAGUUGAGUCUACAGGACCUGCGUGCUUCCUCUGCGGGUGGGGGAGCGGGACUAGGGGCACCUGGGACCAGCCCGGCUCUUGACAACUUGCACACGUGCAUUAAAGAGAUCAGUGAUGUAGUCCAAAGGUAGCCACUGUGUCUGCUACACCUUCCAAAACUCCUCCUCCUGCACCCCUUGAAACUUUUCGCCCCAGAAUCAAUCUAGUUUUAUUUCAAUUUUGGGGGACAGAGAUUAUUCUCUAAAAAGUACCUCAGAAAAUGAAUACAAACACAUACACACACUCUCUCUAUCUUUAUUGUUUACAGGUGACUUUCUCAUUGAAAUUGCCAGUUGGGAACAGAGUUCUUUGUAUAUAAGCUUUUUGUCACUACCAGAAUACACAUGGUUUUGAUUUUGACAAAUUUACUUUGUAAUUAAUAUUUACAGUUUCAUCUUGGUAUGACAGAAUGAAUUUUCACAAAUAGACAGGGGUUGCACAGGUUAAGGUGAGCCGACUACAUGCUAACUGGUCCACUUUUGUAUUCAGAUCAAGUUUUCCAUCAACUUUUUUGGUUCUUUAAUUUGCAUUUGAUUCACAGUAACUGGAUAUUGCGUCAAAAUGUCAAUGCAAACUUGGAAAUGCCAUUUAAAACAUGAAUCAGUUUUGCUUAAACAAUAUUGCUUGUUCAGAACAUACAGUAGUAAUGAAUGUGGAUUGCAAACACAGACAGCUCUAUACACAUUUGUUCUGUCUCGUUUUACACACUAAAAGUACUUCUGUCUACAUCCCAUACUGUCAUUUUUAAUUUGACCACAUUUGUUACAAACACUACAGCAUUUGAUGACCAUUGAUGAUUUUGUAAUUAGUCUUUAUUUCUAUAUGGUCCAUCCAUUAUAGUUAGUAGUGGUUUGCUGUGGCAUAGUUGAAAUGGUGUUGGAUCUGUCACCACAUGGAUCAUGUUUGGCCUUUUAUAUCUGUGGCCUUUAGAUAAUUCCCCCAUUAGCAAGAUGGCACAGAACUACAUUCAUACUCUAGAAUUUUAUUGAUUUGCAAUGGGGAAAUUAUUUGAUGUGUGGAUAGUCUGAAUUUAUUUUUUGACAAUGUCAUAUUGCC